GUACAGAAGGGGGCAGAAGUUUAGUUGAGAGAUCGCCGGCGGCCAUGGCGACUGAACAGCUCAACGUGUUGAAAGCACUCGAUGUUGCCAAGACGCAACUGUACCAUUUCAAGGCGGUCGUGAUCGCCGGCAUGGGCUUCUUCACGGACGCCUACGACCUCUUCUGCAUCGCCCUCGUCACCAAGCUGCUGGGGCGCAUCUACUACACCGACCCUGCCCUCAACGAGCCCGGCCACCUCCCGGCAAACGUGUCGGCCGCCGUGAACGGCGUGGCCCUAUGCGGCACACUUGCCGGCCAGCUCUUCUUCGGCUGGCUCGGUGACAAGCUCGGCCGCAAGAGCGUCUACGGCUUCACGCUCAUCCUCAUGGUCCUCUGCUCCAUCGCGUCCGGGCUCUCGUUUGGACACGAGGCCAAGGGCGUAAUGGGGACGCUAUGUUUCUUCCGCUUCUGGCUUGGCUUCGGCGUCGGCGGCGACUAUCCUCUGAGCGCCACCAUCAUGUCGGAAUAUGCUAACAAGAAGACCCGCGGCACCUUUAUCGCCGCUGUGUUUGCCAUGCAGGGGUUUGGCAUCCUAUUUGGUACCAUUGUCACGAUCAUCGUCUCGUCCGCAUUCCGACAUGCAUUCCCUGCACCGCCAUUCUACAUUGACGCCGCGGCGUCCAUUGGCCCGGAGGCCGACUACGUGUGGCGCAUCAUCGUCAUGUUCGGCACCAUCCCGGCCGCCCUGACCUACUACUGGCGCAUGAAGAUGCCCGAAACUGCGCGGUACACAGCACUCAUCGCCGGCAACACGAAGCAAGCCACAUCAGACAUGUCCAAGGUGCUCAACAAGGAGAUCUCAGAGGAGAAUGUGCAGGGUGAGCGUGCCACUGGUGAUACUUGGGGCCUCUUCUCGCGACAGUUCAUGAAGCGCCACGGGGUGCACUUGCUAGCGACCACAAGCACUUGGUUCCUGCUCGAUGUGGCCUUCUACAGCCAGAACCUGUUCCAAAAGGACAUCUUCACCAAGAUCGGGUGGAUCCCGCCGGCCAAGACUAUGAAUGCAUUGGAGGAGUUGUACCGCAUCGCCCGCGCCCAAGCGCUCAUCGCGCUCUGCGGCACCGUGCCCGGCUACUGGUUCACCGUCGCCUUCAUCGACAUUAUUGGGAGGUUUUGGAUCCAGCUCAUGGGAUUCACCAUGAUGACCAUUUUCAUGCUCGCAAUCGCCAUACCUUACGACUACUUGGUGAAGCCAGGGCACCACACCGGCUUCGUCGUGCUCUACGGGCUCACUUUCUUCUUCGCCAACUUCGGCCCCAACAGCACAACCUUCAUUGUGCCAGCCGAGAUCUUCCCUGCGAGGCUCCGGUCCACAUGCCACGGUAUCUCUGCCGCUACCGGUAAGGCGGGCGCGAUCAUCGGCGCGUUCGGGUUCCUGUAUGCGUCGCAGGACCAGAAGAAGCCCGAGACCGGCUACUCACGGGGGAUCGGCAUGCGCAACGCACUCUUUGUGCUCGCAGGCACAAACUUCCUGGGCCUGCUCUUUUCCUUGUUAGUGCCAGAGUCUAAGGGCAAGUCGCUCGAGGAGCUCUCCAAGGAGAACGUCGGCGACGACGACACCAUUGCUCCGACUGGUGUCUAGAGACAUGCAGGUGUACUUGCACAAUCGUGCAUUGUUGGUGUGCUUGAUUUGCUUUUUUGUGUUCUAUUUUUGUUUUCUUUGCCGCGACCACUUUCUAAAUUUCUAGUGUUGUAAUGGUGACAAUGUAAUGCGUACACUGUAACAGUGAUUCAAAUUCCAAUUCUGAAAAAAAAUAAAAAUAUCAUUUGUACUCCCUC